GGGGGAGGAAUGGCUUAAACUGCUCGGCUGAAACUGACAUCUAUGGAUAUAGCGCUGCUCUCGUUUCAAGCGAUGCGUUGGCUCUGAGGACGUUAAAGCAAGAGGUUUUGCGAGUCGCUGUCUGCCGGCGUGGAGACCUCGGGGGCUGCUUCACUACCCUCUCAGUGAUCAAGGCAACUCCGCAACCGUGCGUGUGUGCUGCGUGCGGCAGCUUCAUCAAGACGGGAGAGUUGUCAAAACCAAAUCUAAAAGUCAGCCUCCACUCUCGGGCAUUUCAUCCGAAGGUUGUCGCGGGGUUCCUUGUGUAUUGCUGGGACCCGCUCUCAUGAGUGCAGGAUAUUUUAUUGCAGAUUUGGACUCGAUAAGGGUGAGUUAAAAGCACUAUGGAAGAAGCUCAGAAGGGGACGCGAGAGGCGGAUAACCCUGAGUUCAAAAGGACCUCCAAUGCACCUCCAACAUCCAAGCGUGUGCGGCACUGUUCUGACUUCUCUGGGGUCGUGUGCUGUGUUCUAUCAAUCUUCUCUCUCGGAUUUUGCAUUUUGGUGCAUUUCAGGACUUCAGAUCUGCAAACUCGCGUCAUAAAUUUGGAAAAUGAGAGACAGCCGCCGCUCUCAGCCUGGCUUUCAGUGGACCGAAUGGAAGUGGCUAUUUUAAGCAGAGUUGAUCAACUAGUUGAUGAGAAACUAAAGGCACAUUUACCUAAGGUACGACUGGUCCGCGAUGCUCCGAGCAACUGCUUGUGUCCUCCAGGUCCCCCAGGAGAAAAAGGAAAGCACGGUCGAAGAGGUAUUCCAGGACCAUCUGGACCGCCAGGAAGAGAUGGAUUUCCGGGAAACAAAGGAGCAUUGGGUCUACCAGGGAGAAGGGGUCUAAAGGGGGAACCUGGUGAAAAGGGAGCUCCAGGAGAUCCAGGCAUCUCUAUUAUUGGACCUCGUGGCCCUCCAGGUCAACCAGGAGCUAGAGGCUUUCCAGGAUUUCCGGGCCCGAUAGGGUUGGAUGGCAAAAAUGGCAAGAUGGGUCCAAAAGGUGAAAUGGGUUCACCAGGUUCAAGAGGUGAAAAGGGUGAAACUGGUCAAAAGGGAGAAAAGGGUCAUCGUGGAGAAUCUGGAUUGCAUUUUGGUCUGCAUGGUCAAAAGGGUGAGAAGGGCUCGCGUGGAGAUUCUGGACUUUCAUUUACACCUCCUGGAUUGUCUGUGCUGCUAGCAGCUGACGAGCAGUAUAUCAAACGCCAUCACCACUUCAAGGGUGAACCGGGACAAGCUGAUAAUAACUGUUCUCCAGGGCCUCCAGGUCCACCAGGGCCCUCCGGACCCAAAGGACCUCCAGGGUAUUCAGGACAUCCAGGGGCAAACGGAUUACCAGGGAAAACUGGAGAAGCUGGAAAACCAGGAAGAGAUGGAAUGAGGGGCUUAACUGGAAUGACUGGUAUGAAGGGUGAUUCCGGACUUCCAGGACGUCCAGGUGAAAAGGGUGAUCCAGGUGCUUCUGGAAAGUCGGGAGCAAAGGGUGAUCCGGGAAUGCCAGGGCUCCCAGGAAGAAAGGGAGAGUUUGGUGAGCCAGGGCUGCCUGGUCCAACAGGCCUUCCUGGACCUGUAGGGCCGAAGGGAGAUAAAGGAAACAUUGGACAAAAGGGAGAGAUAGGAAGGCCUGGCGUUCCAGGAAAGCCUGGAGCUAAGGGCAUACCAAGUUCAUCUGCUUCUGGGUUAAAGGGAGAGCCAGGGGAGAUUGGACCUCCGGGAGAAAAGGGUGAACCAGGUCUUCGUGGUCUUCGAGGGAGGAGAGGUCUUAGGGGUGAAAAUGGGAUUCCAGGUGAAGCUGGAAUGCUUGGAGAAAGGGGUGAAAAAGGAGAUGCAGGAAUAUCAACCAACGGAAUUAAAGGGGAACCAGGUUCAACUGGAUCUCGUGGAGCUCCAGGGCAAAAGGGGGACCCUGGCCAGCCUGGACCAAGGGGUUCGACAGGUCAGAAGGGUGAAGCAGGAAAAACUGAAAUUAUCGAUUACAAUGGUAACAUCAGCGAAGCCCUCCAGGGUCCCCCAGGACUUCCCGGACAGCCAGGCCAAAAGGGUGAAAUAGGUUUGCCAGGUACAUCAGGACUUGAUGGAGAAAAGGGUCCUCGCGGUAAACCAGGAGAGGUCGGAUUGCCCGGUCCAGAAGGCCCAACGGGCAUCGAAGGGCUAAAAGGAGAGCCAGGAAUUAUGGGAUUCCCAGGACCUAAAGGAAACAAGGGAGAAGUUGGCCAGGCAGGUUUUCCGGGUCUGGAUGGACCCACGGGUGAAAAGGGAGAAAGAGGGGAACCUGGAUUGCAAGGUCCACCUGGCUUGCCGGGACCUGUUGGUCUUCCUGGAACACCUGGAGAUAGAGGAGAAAAGGGUGAUGGGGUUGUUGGUCCAGAAGGGCCACUUGGUCCACAGGGACCACCAGGCCCAAUUGGACUCCAGGGGCUUUCAGGAGCAAAGGGUGAUUUAGGAUCGGUUGGUCUUAAAGGUGACAGAGGUCCUUUGGGAUUGCCUGGUGUACCAGGCCCAGCAGGUUCACAAGGGCCAGCAGGACCAAAAGGAGAAAGGGGUGAUAAAGGAGAUGCUGGACCUCCAGGACCAAUUGGACCACAGGGAAUAACUGGAUCACUAGGACCAAAAGGAGAAAAAGGAGGCCGGGGGGAGAAGGGAAAGAGAGGUUCUAAAGGGCCUAAAGGGGAUAAGGGAGACCAAGGAGUGCCUGGAUUAGAUGCACCUUGCCCAUUGGGUGAAGAUGGCUUACCUGUACAAGGCUGUUGGAAUAAAGGUCAGACACCAUGGCUAAAUGCCAAAUAGUCAAGAAAUUGUCCAAACUGGAAUUAUUUGAGAUGACGACAGAGAUAUCUUCCAUGAAACCUCGUCAAAUAGUUGACUGAAGUAAUGGAAAAAUGAAAUGCUGAAGGUUUUUGAGUUUAGGAAGGCACCACUUCCUUUGUACAGGGACAGUUUUUACACUGUGGUUGCUGAGAUCUGUGGAUUGUGCCACGUUCUUCAACUUCCUUCACCUUCUGAAUGUGGUAUGUGAACGCAGGAAAUGUGUGUGUACUUUUUGAUUAAGAGCUGAAGGAUCCAUCUCUCUACAGACAUGGACACAACACAUAUAUUUCCGAUUGCUAUGUGAAAGAAUGAUCUGUUGAGCAGUAUUUUUUAAAUUUAAAAAAAUGGUUUUGAUGAAGCACGAAGUGAAAAGCCACCAUCACUUUAAUUCUCAUUCUUUUAAAUGGACAAUAGAAAAACAACCACCAAGAAUGAAAUGAUUCCUUUUGACAGAAAUACUUUAGGAAACUGACCAGAACUGCAGGCAGUUUUCUUUUUGAUAUAUAUAUGAUAUAUAUAUAUAUAUAUUUCAGUAACUUUUGUUCAUUCAUAGAACACAUUUGUAUCAUUGUCUUUAUUUGAAUCAAAAUCUUGCCAGAACUUGAAAUGCUUUCCCUGUGUUUUUUGAAUAUGCUUUUACAGGGAGGGAAUGGUUUACCCCAGGUUUUACUUUUGUAAAGCACCCACUGUCUGUUUCUCAGACAACUAGCUUCGGUGCAAAAUGUGGGUUGAUUUCUUUUUUUCAUUUUAUAAAUUAAGAGUUCCAUCAGUUGGUCUGCAGCAGUGUUCGAUUUUAUUAGUGUCACUGGGGGAUAUUAAUUGGGACAUUAUGGUAAAUGGAUGCUCCUCUUCCAACAUUAAAGUGGACAAUGUUCAUCCAGUGUACGUAGCAGAGCCCCCCCACACACCACCACGUUAAGCAAAGAUCGAAUUGUCUGGAAAGCAAAACUAUUUAUUAAUUUUAUGGCCUUUGAAGAACCUAUAUUGAACCUACCACCGCAUGCUAUAUAACUAAGGAUUUUGUUAAUUUUGAGAGACGAGAUCUGUGUGGCACAUGCCUUUAUGAUAUGGCUGUGUGAUGCAUCCAGUCAUUCCUAUUGAAGUAACAAUUUAGCUUUUGUAAUUAAUGGCAGUGUUACGCAAGAUAAUUAAAUUCCAUUUUGUGGUAAUUCCAUGUACAAUCAUCAUCUGAAAAACUUUGGCCAACUGAAUGCUUUAACAAACUGUGGCCAUCUGGGACAUUACCCCUCGAUUACAGUUAACCAUGCUUUUUGCUGGAAAUUACAUUUGCAACAAAUAUUUUUUGCUCACCUUGAACAUAGGAAAAAAACCUCAGACAAAUUUACAGUUUCAAGUUUCUUAAUUUUUUUUUACUCGCUGUAUUGGGUUCCUGCUUCUGUACCUUAUUAUUGACCCACCAUACUUCUCUGCAGAAUGUUUUGAUGUUCUGAAACAAUCUUUUGACUUACUGUCUACAUUUAUUUUUAUUCAGAAAUAUCCAUUUCAAUUUCAGUUUUCAGACAUUCCCAUUUUAGGGGGAAAUGGGAGACAGAAAUUCUAUAAUUUCUGCAGAAAUGGUCUAAAGUUAUGCAUUCGUUUUUAAUGGCCAGUUUUAAUCAGAACAUUUCUUUGCAACGUAUAAUUUGCAAUCAUGGUGCCUAACUUAUUGUUAAAACUUUUGUUUUUAAUUAAAUAUUUUUUGAAGCAUACUGUGUUGGUAUUAACAACAGUUUCAAAAAAGACAAUGCAAAAAUUUUAUAUUGAGAUUUGCUUUUUGUAGCAUAAGAUGUAUGAUACUAUUAAAAAAAAGUCCUUGUAAAUGAAUGUGUAUUAUAUUUUUAUUGUUCUUAUCAUGUGAAGAAGUCGGAAGAUCAGUAAACAUGACACAAAUUUCCAUUUUUUUGAGAAAAUUUAAGGGCUGAAUUUUAAUGUUGUUUACUGGCUGAUACUAUCAACCCCACUUUGACAGUAUUUUGCUUCACUGAUGGCAUAUGACAUCUUUGGAUAGGUAAAUCUUUUUUUAUGGAAAAUAUUUUUCAAAAAAAGAUAGGAUUUUGUCUAUUAUGUUGCCAGCAUCUGUGCCUUUCUGUGAGAAUAUCACAUAAUGUGUGGUAUUUCUGACAUUUUUUUAACUCAUGGCUAUUUCAAGCUGAUCAGAAGUUAUCAUUUGUUUUUUCUUUCUCUUGAAAGACUUUGGAAGGAUUUUGCAACUGCACUGAGCCUCCUGUGGCUUAAGGUCAGGUUUGGCUUGUCUGCUUUGUGUUUGUUGAAGCAUACCCACUGUACUUAAUACAAAUAUUACUUCAUGGUUCUGUAUUGAUAACAAUAAACAGAGAAG